AACCUGUUUGUUGUAAAUCCUGUAUUCCAAAACUGGUGUCACGAUGGUAGGGAAAACGAAAAGGCGUUGGGGCUUGUUCCAUCUCGUGUCAGUGGUCCUCACUCGCAUAAAAACAGAGGCACGCAACAAGACCACUGGAAUUUACCUCAUAGACAACCUAACAGCAAUAAGUUACACUAUCACGGCUAUGGUAUACACGAGAACAACACAGGAGUAUCAGGAGAAAGCUUGAAUCUCCCUAACCAGCAAUUUCAGGAAAAUACUAACAAUACAGACUUAGCUGAGUCAAAAAGUAUGGCCCAAGUCGUACAGUGAUACUGCUAAUUGCACUUUCGUGGCUUGUUUCGAUCACAGCCCUUUUGUUAACAGUCAUGGUUAUUUUUGACAAAAUAGGGAGUCCUUGUGGAUGCUCGGGGACUCAAGGUAAGCGAAACAAAAUAGCUGUUGUUGUUGUCUUUGUUUUUAAAGCUUUUCUUAUUACUAUUCUUGGCGUGGAAUUGUGACUUUUCAUUUUUUUGUUCUUGGUUUUGUUUUGUUUUUCUUACACCUGAAAAUAAGUAUAAAGUUAAAAAAUUAAAAUUAUUGCAUUCCUAAUUAAAUCAAGCUUCAAGUGAAAGUUAAGAGAAAAAGUGAUCUUUUUCCACCGUUACCUAGCUUUGCAACCACAGAAAAGAAGUAACUAAUUAGAUAGCUUUGUUGGAUCUAUAGCAUCAUUUUUCACCCAAAGGUAAAUUGAACGUUUGGGAACACUUCCAGGCUCCUGACACUCGCGACGGUCAGGAAAUAUCGAGCAUAAAGUGGCAAGAGUUGAAAAGGCGAUGUCGAGCACUUAUUCUGUGGUUUACGUAGAGCCUACUAAAAUCAUUACAAAAGAGUAAUAUCAGCUUAACAACACUUUGCCGUGAGUAGAAUUUACUAGGUAACAUGGCAGGCUUAUAGCUUACAACAAUUUCUGCCAUAAACGCACUACCCAUAUUCCAUGACUAGUAGUUUGUACAAAUUUGCGCUCUAGAUCGGAACUAGGAGCAAGAAUUCAAAACUCCUCAAUAACUUUUAAAUCAUUAAUUGUGAUCGGGAGGCAUGGACUUCUUCAGGCACCGAAAAAUUAACACGACCAUAAUUCUUACAAAUAAAAAGGGGCGUCAAAUGAUGACUUCCAACUUAAAAAUAUUCUGUCGAGACAAGCUUCCGUAAAGGAAAGUUCGUGCAACAAAAAUGACUUAAUUGUCCCCGCCUUCCUUGUACAAAUAAAUAAGGGGGCGGCUAAUUAACUAACAGUUAAUUGUUCAAAAACGCCGUCAGGAUCAUUGAAACGAUGAAGACGAUAUAUAACUCAAAUAAAGUUAUUAACAAAGCUUACUAAUUCUAAAAGCACAUCUUAUUGCAUGCAUUUAACGCAAACUGAGAUUUGUUCCAGUGCUUACGGUAAUUUAGUCGGGCUUAAGACGAUGAGUAUAAUCGAUGCGUCCGAUAGAAUGUUAGGCAGUAGGACACCUUAUCAGUGUGCUAGGCCAAAACAGUUCCGGCGUCUAAGUUUCGUAAUUGCAAAAUGUUAGAAAUUUUUGUGUGAGUUUAUUAAAGAGUUUGAGUGCUAAUGAAAGCAGACUUUGCUUCUUUAGUUCAGGGUCCAUAAUUGAAAUAGACAAGUCAUUUCGCCGCUUUCGUAACAAAGGCAUUCCGCGGUUCAAGUUAAAGGCUUCACUGAGACUAUUAAAAAAAUAACAACAGUUUUAUUCUUAGCUAGGUUAAUAGGCUCUAACGCUAUAAUGAUAUGCUGCGGCCAAAACCUAGAUUAAAAAAUUUACACUUGCACCGUCAUCCGCAAACGGCUGACAACAAAAAAAGUGCUUUUGUUGUUUUUGUUGCUGCUGUUGAUUUGGAUACUAUUUCUUCGUUUCUGAUUGGAUAAAAUCCCACGCAUAAUUCAUCACAACCAGCUACUGUCGACCGAGUUUGGAAGAAAACUGAUGACGUCAAUCGUGCAGCAAAAUUGCCUUAGUAUUGAAAGGUUAACCGAGAAGACCUGGGGACGAGGUUGAGUUGUGCUCUGCAAAGUAUCAGUAGAAAGAUUCAGUUCAAGACAAAUGAAACAAAUUUUAAUAAUAAAAACAAACAAUAACUACCUAAAAAACAACUUUUAGGGCCUGAAAAAUAUAUCUAUUAUGGGAAUAGCAAAUUGCAAUUAUUUUAAAAAGGUAACAAAUGAAAAGUUAUGUGGUAACUUACUUGACUUGCAACGAAAUAAUCAUCGUUUCAAAGGGAUUGAAUAGACUAGUAUUCUCUCAUUCCAAUUAUGUUACCAGUAUAAUCAAUUUUCUUACCAUGGAUAUUUUUUUGCAUGUUUUCUCAACUACUGAGUUGUAUUGUUAGUCCCUCCUCAGGUGCAACAGGUGAACUCGAACCAAAACAAUGAACUUCUAGCGAAGAUGAAAUUUCUAGAGGAAAAUGUGUCCAAUCACCAUGAUGCCUUGGUAAGGAAUUUUAGUGGUUUAAAUUCAAAUACCCUGUAACAAUAUUGCCAUAUAUAACUAGCACCUUUUAUUGGAAAAAAGAACUCACGGUCGAAGGUACUGUGAAACUACACGUAACUAAGAAUGCUUGAAAUAAACUCUUUUCAUCUAAACUUUUGCUUGCAUACAGUCGCGGGACAGUACCUUAUAAACAACUAUAAUAAUUAUUCGUUCAAAAUAUUUCUCCGUUUCUGAUUGGAUAAAAUCUCACGCAUAAUUCAUCACAACCAGCUACUGUCGACCGAGUUUGGAAGAAAACUGAUGACGUCAAUCGUGCAGCAAAAUUGCCUUAGUAUUGAAAGGUUAACCGAGAAGACCUGGGGACGAGGUUGAGUUGUUUUGGUAGUGAAUACAAAAAUGGCGGAACAUUUCACUCGUUUCACGAAUUGUUGGCUAAAAAAAUAGCAAAAACAGCGAUGCGACGACUUGACGGACGACUUCUGCUGCUUGGAGAACUUGCGGAACUGAACAUUCCUUUACCUCUUAAACUUGCUGAUAAACAUGCGCUAUCGAAGAUGAAGGUGAUGAGGUGGAGGUGGAGGUUGGCAUUUGUGGCUUGUGUUUAAACUAGAAAUUAUUUUGAAUGAAUAAUAAAACAAUCAUCGAAUUCGGGUUUCGUAUCAUCUGAAGAAUUAUGGAGGUCGAGGGGAGUGUUAUCCUCCGAGGCCGCAAGGCCGAGGCUUAUUUGACCGACAAGGCUGAACUUGAAGUGUAAAGCCACAGCCUUAGACUAUUUUUGGCCUGGUUUCGCACUUAAUUAUCCUCUGUUGUCGUUUUAGAUUUCAAAGUCAAGCCGACUUGAGCAAGUUGAAAACACACUUAAUGCACUGGAAAGGAAACAUGAAAAUAUAAUUAAGAUGGUAUGCUCGACAUAGUAUUAUUGGUAUCCAAUAGAAGAAUCAAUUCAUUUGAAACAACAUAAUGCAACUGGAAAAUAUGAAACUGAAUUUAAUCUAGGUACAAAAUCUGUGUACUACCAAAUGAGCAAAUCAAUACUGAACAACAGCAAUCUAGAAAAGGCUGUUGUAAAGAAGCAGGCUUUGUUUAUUUAAUCACCUCUCUUGAUAAAAUUUGCUAUUAUUAUGUAAACAUACAGUUCUGUCUGCAAUUGAAGGAAUAAAAAUGAGGGAAUUCAGAGACAUUCUUUUAUAUUUUUGACAACAAGGUGGUAAGAGAGGCAAAUGAUUUUUACUUAAGUAUAAUAUUUUCAACCAGUGGAGAACUCUAUUCAAAUAAAAGAAUAAAAUAGCGCUCAAGAUUUCAUUAAACUGGCUUCAGUAAUUGCCUAAAAAGCAGUGAUCAUGACUUAAUAGUCUUUAAAAAUAUACCAUUUAUGCUGAGCUUAAAAUGUUAUACCUUCCAGGCUGUCAAAUAGUAUGAACAUAUAUGCAUUUUUACUGUUUUUUUACUGCUUUAUUCCUUCUUUAGAUAGAACGUAUUGGUAUUAAUAUGACAACACUACUUUCCACGACAAGUUAUAUGGACUAUAAACUCAUUGACCUCGAGAAAAGGACGACCAGAGCUCUAGACGCGGUAUCUAUUUCUUUUUAUGUCAAUAGAGUAACAUGUUGAAAAAAAUGCCAGAGCCAAAUGCUUGGUCGAAGUUGACUGUUUCGACCUAAAUGAUCCAAGAUAAGAAAACAUGACCUAGAACUUGCAGUUCUGCUUCACCUGAGCUAGAUACAGUCAGUUUGCCUCGACAUUUUUUCGGUUUAAUUGUGUUACGUGGAAAUGCACACGCGAUCAAUUUGUAUGGAGCAUUAGACGUUGAAAAAUUAUCGUACACGGUUUGCAGCUCUAUUCUUAAAUUAGAAAUUGUGACAGGGUAAGCCUCUGUUCACAAAGACGUAAUAAAAGAGGUGUCUCAAGAAUAAUUUGUGCAAUUUAGAUAAGUAAAAGAACUGCAAGGCUCAAAGAAGAAGAUAUCACGUUGAAUAGUGAUUUAAAAGAUGUGAACGUAACUCGAUCCGCGAAGAUAAAUUAUUAUUAAGCUUUCGUUUUCAAUUACACUUAAUAUAAUGUAGUGUUUUUAUUUUUUCUUUAUUUUUUUAAUUUUUUUAUUCAGACAAUCUUUAUAUUUUUGACAACAAGUUAGUAAGAGAGGGAAAUGUAUUUUUUUUCUUUUUAGAUAUAAUUAUAACAUUUUCAACCAGUGAAGAACUCUAUUCAAAUAUAAAUAUUAUAAGAUGAGUUGCUGCUAAAGAACUUUGAUUCAUUUUAAGCCACCCCUUAGACUUUAUUAAUUUAUAUUUAUCCAUAUAGUAAAGAUAAAAUAAUAAUAAUAAACAAUUGAACAAAUUUUAUUGAUAACAAUGCAAACUAUUUAAAUCCUAUUUACUAUCAAUACACUUUAAAAAACUGUUCCGUCAAAACACUUUUCUAUUUACAAUUCUUUUCGUUUAAUAAAAGAAACACCUAACUUUGAUUAGAAAAAAAAAAUCGUUUACUUAAGAAAUAAAUAAUAAUCAUAAUAAUAAUGAUAAUAAAAAAUAAUCUAAUGAACAUUUUUUUACGUGUAAAAUCUACCAUUUGUUGAAUUAAUUAUUUGUUUGUUUGUGAGUGAUUAGAAAAUAUAUCGGCUUAAUAUUCAGUGGUUUAACGGCUUUUGGCUUAGUUUUUAGUAAAUAUUUGGCAUCAUCGCGGACACUGAGUGUCUUGAAAUCAGUUAUCGUUAUGGCUAUGAUCAUUGUUUCUGCUGCUAAGAGAGAGAUGAAUUGACACCUUGUAGCUAUUGUGAUGCGUAGAAACGCACACACGAUCAAUUUGUAUGGAGCUUUAGGCGUUGAAAAAUUAUCUUACACGGCUAGCACCUCUGCUCUUGGAUCAGAAAUUGUGACAUUUUUAGGCAAAUUUCUAUUGACAACGACUCUUUAAGAGCCACCAAUAAAAAGAUACACAUUUCUUUUUUAAUUCAUAAAUAAAAGAGGUGUCUCACGAAUAAUUUUUUUCUUAACUGCGCAAUAUUUUUAGAUCAAUAGAACAACUGCAAGGCUCAAAGAAGAAGAAAUCACGUUAAAUAGUGAUUUAAAAAAAGUGAACGUUACUCUGUCGGCGAAGGUAAAUUAUUAUUGAGCUUUUCGAUUUCAAUUUCACUUAUUAUAGCGGAGCUCCACGCGCGCGCGAAGCGCGCGCGCGUUGGCGGAGCCCCAUUGCUAAGUAAAUCUACCCAUCCCAGAAAAUUUGGUAAUCACGUGACCGUACACCGACCGACCGCCCGCCGUCCCUCCGCACCACAGGAAAACCAAUGUUUACUCUCACACUUUUAGCUAGUUUGGGAGCCGAAGAGAAAACUAAUUGCACAGGCUGCACAUCAAUGUUGUGAUCAAUAAACAGCUAUCAAAACAGGGCAUCCGCUGACAAGUAUCACCUGACCGUACCGCGGGCUCAAGUGUCGACCCAUCGAGGUCGAGUAUUUUUUAAAGUUAUCCGCUGACAAAUUACCAGUUUCAAAUGAUCGCAGGCUCAAGUUUAUUUUUUCCAAGGAUUCAUAUCAAAUAUGUUGUGUUUAUGUCACUAUGGUCCCGCACUAUUAGGAUUUUGAUUUCAAACUGACCUCGGAAGCGAAAAUUCAUCCAGUUUUUUUAAAAGUACAGGCGGGGAAGACCUUAUCUUACCAUGGUCACGCGUUGUUCACGCUCUACGUCCAAUUUUUAUACUCUGAUUGGUCAAAGUUUGACAGGUGAGUUUAUGCGGAAAAAUUAUGCAGCAUCUUGAAAGUAGUUUACUUUGACAGCUGAAGCUGACAGAGUUUUGUGUCAACUUGUGAUGUUUUUAACUGUCUUUGUUCUGGAGGUACAAAAUGAAAUACAGCUGCUAUCAAGAGUCUUCUGUUAUUCAUGGCUGGUUUGUUUACUGGGUUUUGGUUGAGAAAUGCGUCGCUUGUCAAAAUUCGGUAAUUCGAUUUCGGAUGGCAUCGUUUUCGUUUUUCACCUUGCUUAAUGCGUAAGAGGAUUUAAAAGUCUCAAGCAACUGUGGCCUCCCUUGAUAGCGUUCAGGAACUGAAUCUCGAAUGGUAAGCCUAAGUAAUUAAUGUAUUUGAUCUUUGUGUUUCAUGAAGUCUUGCACAGUUCACGCUGACAGUUUAUGCGGCAAGUUUAUGCACGUUUGCAGGAUUUGAGUCAAUGAUCUGACCUAGUAUCAGGUUUGAUAUAAGCUUACAGAACUUUAAAAAGCCUUCAGAUAUAUUUGCUCACCACAAAUAGAAAGAAAACGUUCCGAAGGAUAUUUAGUUAUAAAUUUGGCUGUAGAAAGAAAACUUUGAGCGAUUUUCUUGCUUCGAGGAGUUCACCUUCGAAAACAGUAAACACCGCGCUGGGAAGCCGGCUAAAACAUAAACUUAAGCUUUACGCUUAAAGACUCAGGAUUUUAAGAGACACUUUAAUACUUGUCUUCGUGAAUGAAAAUUGUUGUCUCUGUAAAUGUUUCACGGAAUUAUAUUUCUUUUUUUAAUUGUUAGUAGUUUCUCUUACAAUUUUAAUCGCUUGUCCGGGCCGAUUGUUUUCAUCGUUCAUAACCAUCGCUUGCAGGAGUACUCAAAAAUGUCGCGCGUAUCAAACGCCUUAUAAGAUUACACAUCGUUAUAACUAAAACCAUUAAAUAACAAAACAAAUAAUAAUAAAUUCGCUGUUAUGUUGAAGCGUAACUCUGUUAAAGUUCAUUCAAACACUCGACCACACUGACAGCUCGCACUAUAGAAACGAGAACCAGCUGGCCGUAUGGGUGAUUUUGGAAAUUUUCUGAAAUUUUUGAACGGUUUGGCUCGUCCUGAAUAUUAACUGAGUGAAAAUUGUGAAAUACCGCAUUCUGUCCGAGCUCUGUAUGAUAUUUAGUACUGUUUCACCUCAAAUGUGGUGUAUAAAAAUUAUAAAAGGUUGGUUUAAACAACCCCAGAUUUGUUGGCAAGAAUUUGUAAAGUAAACCUGUCGAACGCAAAAAAAUUUGGCGUGAUUUGUUUUCCAAGAAUUUGCUUUCGAGGCCUAAAGUACUGUAAUCUUGAAUGUGAUCGAAGAUGUUUGCUAUUUUCUGGGUGUACAUAUAAGGUUAUCAAUUCGAUGUAAGAUGUUUCACUCUAAAAUAACUUAGCCUUUCCCUCAAAAGUCACAUGAAUGUGCCCUUAAGUUAAAUGAUUUGUGGAUUAAAAGUUUAUUGUUUGAUUUAAAUUAUAAAUUUAUUAAAAUUGGAGCUUCGCUUUUAGCCCUGGCUAAAUCUAUAUAUUAUUUACCCUUUGUUUGUUUUAUUAUUAUUUUUUUAAUUCAAAGGCACUCUUUUCUAUUUUUGACAACAACGUGGUAUAGAGAGGCAAAUGAUUUUUACUUAACUAUAACAUUUUUAACUAGUGUAGAACUCUAUUUAAAUGAAAUAAUAAAAUAGCGCCCAUGAUAGAUUUAUUCUUCAUUAAACUGGCUUCAGUAAUUGCCUAAAAAGCAGUGACUUAAUAGUCUUUAAAUCUAUACCAUUUAUGUUAAGCUUAAAAUAUUAUACCUUCCAGUCUGUCAAAUAGUAUGAACAUAUACAUGCAUUCUUUUACUGUUUUUUACUGCUUUAUUCCUUCUUUAGAUAGAACGUAUUGGUAUUAAUAUGACAACACUACUUUCCACGACAAGUUAUAUGGACUAUAAACUCACUGACCUCGAGAAAAGGACGACCAGAGCUCUAGACGCG